AUGCCCGUCUACUGUUAUCGAUGCGACCGUCGGUUCCCCCAAGACAGAGCACUAGCUCAGCAUGAAAGGGACUCUCCAAAUCAUCGUAUUUACUGUCGUCUCUGCGACAUCGACUUAUCCUCUUCCGCAGCACUUCGAAAGCAUAACAAACGUAAACAUUUCUAUUGUGAUACUUGCGACUUGCUGUUCGACGACUCGGACGACUUUCUCGAGCACGGAGAAGAUGAACAUUUCGCGUGUUCGCCGUGUAUCAGAAUAUUCACUACGUUCAACGGGUAUGCGUGCCAUAGCGAGUCCGCGCAUCAUUACUGUCGCGAGUGUAAUCGCCUGUUUCAAUCCGAAAACACUCUUAGGAUUCACAGAGCAUCGUCUAUUCAUACACCGAGAUGGCUCGCCUGUCCAGGACGCCAAUGUAUAAAAAAAUUCACCUGUCCAUCUGCCUUGAUUCACCACGCAGAGAGCGGCGCAUGCCCGUCCGGAGUCACGCGUAAAGCAGUGAACGAGUAUGUCGCACGGCAGGACCGACAGAACAUUAUUACAAACGCCUCUCGUAUGCUCACUGGUCCCGACGGAGAGAAAUGCCCUCCAUCCGAGCCAAACUAUUUGGCAACACAACUGUCUUGGAACGGCAAACGCUACGAGUGCUUCCUAUGCCACGGACAGUACGCAACGCAAGCCGGCCUUAACCAACAUUUAAAGAGUCCUCGUCAUCUUCAAGAUGUAUAUCACUGCCCAAUGCGUAAUUGCGAGAUGGAGUUCACAGUGCUUAGUGCUCUAUGCCAGCAUGCUGAAAUGGGCUCGUGCGGCAUCCGAGAAUCACGAAUGGCCAAAAGCGCAAUGGAAUAUCUCGAACGUGGCAUGAGGGCAUUGUCUCUUUGA